GUCAUUCACUCGGAGUUUUACUGCUUGAGCGGCACAUUUUCUAAAUAGUGCGUGGUAUUUAUCCUCGAUUAAUGUACCGAAUAAACUGCAGAGUGAAAUAAAAUAGCAAGCUGCUCUUUGCGCAAUAUCUAACGUAGUACAAAUAUAUUCUUCUCUUACGUGGUGAUUUAAAUUAAAUUGAUCACAAGCCUUUACUGAUCACAAUGCUGUCAAAGCUCGAGAAACAAAUACUUAUAGACCUGUGGCACAAACUGGUACCAGUGGCAGAGGAUAUUGGGAGUGAAGCAUUGUACAGAAUGUUUACCACGUUUCCCAAAACCAAGACAUAUUUCGGUCACCUGGACCUCAGUCACGGUUCCGAAAACUUGCGGUCUCUCGGGAAGAAGAUCGUGGUGGCAAUAGCAGAGGGGACGAAGCACAUAAGCACUCCAGUUUUUACCAGCAGUCUCGGCUACCUUAGCAGAUAUCAUGCCUAUCAGUUGAGAAUACAUCCGACCAACUUCAAGCUGUUUAAUCACUGUAUGCUGGUGACUUUAGCUUGUCAUUUGGGGGAUGACUUCUCUGCUCUGGAACACGCAGCGACUGACAAGUAUCUCUCAGCUUAUGCUGCAGUUCUGGCCGAGAAAUUCAGAUAAUCCUCCUCCUCCUCCUCCUCCUCCUCCUCCUCCUCCUCAUCAUCAUCAUCAUCAUCAUCAUCAUCAUCACGCGUGUCUCAGCAUCUCUGAUGGGAGACAACAAGGUUCAUCUUUUUUUAUUAGCUAUGUAAUUAUUGAUGUAAAUAGCUUAUUGUUGUUAAACUAAAUGCAAUUUAAUGUCAUUAAAAUGUUUUUUUUU